UGGAAACCCUACUCUCCAUUAUCCUUUCGUAUAAAAAUUUCUACUCUCUCUUCGUCGCACCGUUCUGUAUCGUAGAGUCUUCGGCAUUUAUAUGGACGAGGUCCGACCGAGUUUCCGGUGCUCCGGCGGCGAUCGGAGGCUAGAGAUUGUGAGUGGAAAAGGGUUUGCUGGCAAUCUGAUGUAUACAACGAGUCGGCCUCGCUCGCCCGAUCUGCCAUCGAUUCCUCCUUAUGUGAGUCGAUCGAGUCAGGUCGCGAAGCCCUGGGGAUUCAAUGACCCAGAGAUGAAGAGAAAGAAGCGCAUAGCCAAGUAUAAGGUUUAUACUAUUGAAGGCAGGUUUAAAGCUUCGAUCAAGAAUGGGAUUCGUUGGAUGAAGAAUAAGUGCUCUGCAAUCAUCCCUGGCUAUUAG